AUGGUCGGCGGGGAGGUUGGAGGCUGGAGGAGGUUCGGAGGUGGAGGAGGUUCUGGAGGCGGCGGAGGAAUCGGCGGUGGAGGUCAGGUUGGAGGAGGUUCUGGAGGCGGGGAGGAGGUUCUGGAGGCGGCGGAGGAUGAGGAGGUUCUGGAGGAGGCAGGCUGGAGGCGACGGAAGGACUCGGCGGUGGAGGAGGUUCUGGAGGUGGCACUGGAGGAGGUUCUGGAGGCGGCGGAGGAUUUGGAGGAGGCAGCGGUGGCGGAUUUGGAGGCGGCGGUGGAGGCGGUAAAGGCGACGGAGGUGGCGGUGGAGGAUUUGGAGGAGGCAUUGGAGGCGGCGGAGGUGGCGGAGGAGGAUUUGGCGGCGGUUUUGGCAGUACUCGGGGGUAAAGGAGACCAUCACCUCCAUCAUCAACAAAUAAAGAUGUUGUCUCAUAAUAAAUGUAUAUCAUGAUGUCUGUUUAACCUCCGUCACUUGUGGCUCAAACGACAGCAUCACACUGACGGUCACUCACUGUCUGUAGUGACCCGUGAAAUAUUAAUGUUUUCUCGUGUGUUAUGUUCCUGCCUAAACUAUACACAUGCUGAAUCAUUGUAAGCUUGUAUGAUGAUUAUACUGAAUAAAUAUAUCCAUCUA